UCCUAUCAUCUAAACGUGAGGAGAAAAAUUGUACACGUUUUUUGCUUUCUAAGUUGUAAAGUUCGAACCACUGACGAACAGGUGAUUACUGGUUCUAAGAAUGAAAGAGAAGCAGAGCAUGGUGUGCAUAAAUUGUUUCAUUGUUCUUCUCUGCCUCGGUUUUGCAAGUUGCAAUGGUAAUAGUUCAACUCCAACGCCAGCACCAUGGCCAGAGCAAUUUCACGCGCUGCUCUUCAUGAACCUGAGCAGCACGCGCCUCCAACUGAGCGACUUAUGGUAUGACUGGCCCAAGGGACGCAACGUCAACAUAUUCCAGAAGCAGUUGACAGGGUUGCUCUAUGACAUUGAGUGGAACAACGGCACGUCGUUUUACUACACCCUCGGCCCAAAUGCUGAGUGCUGGAUCGCUGAUUUCGAGGUUGGAAUUCCCAGGCCAAAUUUCCUCGACGGUGCCGUCUAUCUUGGAACGCGUGUCACCGAUGGCUUCCUUUGCAACCUUUGGGAGAAAGAGGACUUCAUCUGGUACUACGAGGAUGUCAUCUCCAAGAGGCCUGUUCGCUGGGAUUUCUACGACGGAAUCCAAUCACACGUGAUGACGUUUGAGGUUGGUGCCGUUUUACCUGAUUCAGUGAUUCAAGCGCCUCCUUAUUGUUUCACCCACAGUCAUUCCUUGGGCUCAGAUAAACACACAUCCAAGAAUCGUCUUCGCCACAGAAUGUGGCCAACUCGUGAAAUAUGGUGAAAUUAUUAACUGUGACAUUGUAAGUGCCUUUUGUAACUAAUACCCACUUCUAAAUAAUGUUAUUCAACGUUGGAUCUUUUCUUGCCUCUCAACACUACAUUCAUCCUCAAGUAUCUACAUGCCUAAUAAGAUUCUGCUUAAUUCAAGUCAAGUCAAAGAAAACUCAUUUAAGGCGCAAUGCUCGUAUAGUCUCCUAGAUUUCCCUUUGCAUUUGUAACUCAAAUGUUGAUCACCUUAUAAUGAAAGAGAGAGAGAGAGAGAGAGAGAGUUACUCAAAUCGAAUCGAAUAAUCCAAUAUAACCAUCAUUGACCUUCAAUAUGAGCCCCUCCACUUCUGACAUUUUAAAAAAUCACUGAUCUUUCACGGGGAUGCAUUUGAUAAAUAUGUAUAGACACACAAGAAAAGACAAUGAGAGGCCAUGCCAAUUCCCUUCAACAAAAUAGUUUGUAAUAUUAUUGGAUAAGAUAAUAAGGAAGGCAUUUUGAGAGGUAAAAUUUUUCCGUAGUUAAUACCCAAAAUUACAUUGCAAAAUAUUCAUUUUACACAAGAGAGUAUAAACUCAGAAAGAAUAGAGAGAGAAAGUGAUAUGUAGUCAUGUG